UGGGGGAAGGGGUAACGUAGAUAUAUAAAGAUCGGUUCCCCUAUUCUCUCACUUGCUCUUGGUUCACUUCUUGGGAAGUCAUGUCUGGACGUGGUAAGGGCGGGAAGGGUUUGGGUAAGGGGGGUGCCAAGCGCCACCGCAAGGUGUUGCGUGACAACAUCCAGGGCAUCACCAAGCCGGCCAUCCGGCGUCUGGCCCGGCGUGGCGGUGUGAAGCGGAUCUCUGGUCUGAUCUACGAGGAGACUCGCGGGGUGCUCAAGGUGUUUUUGGAGAACGUGAUCCGUGACGCUGUCACCUAUACGGAGCACGCCAAGCGCAAGACGGUCACUGCCAUGGACGUGGUCUACGCGCUCAAGCGCCAGGGACGCACCCUUUAUGGCUUUGGCGGUUAAGGUUGCUGAUUUCUCCACAGCUUGCAUUUCUGAACCAAAGGCCCUUUUCAGGGCCGCCCAACUAAACAAA